CGUGGCUCAGUAACAAAACACGAAACGGGAGAGGAAGACCUGGCAGUUUUUUUUGCUUGCCUUCCUUUUUGACCGGGAGACCAUUUUACAUGAAUAUAAGCAUUGACACACUCUGUACGUUGAUCCACAGCUAAAUAACGGGAUUUAACAGCUCCGGAUAUGUCAUUCCUACUUGAUUGGUUUUAUAGCGGUUUCAACAGCGUACUACAGUUUUUAGGACUGUACAAGAAAUCGGGCAAGUUAGUAUUUCUUGGCCUGGACAAUGCUGGUAAAACAACGCUACUGCACAUGCUCAAAGAUGACAGAUUGGGACAGCAUGUGCCAACUUUACAUCCAACUUCAGAAGAGUUGACAAUUGCUGGCAUGACCUUCACCACUUUUGACCUUGGAGGCCAUGCACAAGCCCGCAGAGUGUGGAAAAACUACCUCCCUGCCAUUAAUGGCAUCGUCUUCCUUGUGGAUUGUGCUGAUCACCUCAGAUUGGCCGAAUCAAAAGCAGAACUUGAUGCAUUAAUGACAGAUGAGACUAUCGGAAAUGUGCCUAUCCUGAUCCUGGGCAACAAGAUCGACAGACCAGAAGCCAUCAGUGAAGAGAAACUGAGAGAAUUGUUUGGAUUGUACGGACAGACGACAGGAAAGGGCAACAUUCCAAUGAAGGAGCUGAACACAAGACCACUGGAGGUUUUCAUGUGCAGCGUGCUGAAGAGGCAGGGCUACGGCGAGGGCUUCCGCUGGCUCUCCCAGUACAUCGACUAAAGCAGCCAAGCCCCAUAAAACAGACGACGACGACGACACCACCACCAUCAUCAUCAUCAUCCAGGGGCGCUAAUCCAACCGCUCGAGACGCCCACCAUCAUACUCAGCCCCAUGUUUGGUUAAUCAAGUCUGCCUCCACCUUCAGAGAAACCAGUACAACUUGAUCCCAAUAGACUUUUAUUGGUCGAACGUUUGGUUCCGCACUUAAUGCAUUCAUACAUGUACACGCAUGCACACAUUUGUUUCCAUGUCUCUCUUUGUUUUUCUAAGAGAGUAAACACAAAUUUAAACUGAUGAAUCUUUUCUAUAUCGUCUCUGCCGCCCUCCUUUCCUGCCAUCUGAGUGUGAUGAUGCAUUUAUAACUGUAAAUCUGUACAUGAUUCCAUGGGUAUAUAAUAAUCCCUCUACCCCCUCUUCAACUCACUUUGAGAGACAGAGCAGCAUAGUUGUAUACAUUGCAGUUUUUUAACAGUAAAGACAUCAUUCGACAUUGUAUUUAAUCUCCACACUUUAGUUUUCCUGUUUGUUUUUUUUUUCUAUAUGAUUUCAGUGAUUAAAAAUGUGUGGCCACAUAUACAGCCCUCACAACAGUCACACGGCAGUUUCACCCACUUAUAAAAAUGGACGGUUAUAGUGUGACAGGAAUUUAAUUAAUUUUCCUCUUAAAAGUGAAAAUACUUUUAAGACCUUCGAUAACGUGGAUCUAACAGCAGAGAACGGAUCCAGGUCGGCUCUGGGCUCCCUUUGUGUCUUUGUCUACUACUAACCCAGCAUGGGGUUAGUAGUAGAACCGAUGCUGGCUUAGACCCCAGUGAGGUUUGAUGAAAGUGUGUAGAUAGAACAGCAGUCAGUUGAUUCAACAUAAAGCCAUUUAAGUAAAUGAUAAGAACAUGCAGUAAGACCAAGGGAGGAAUCAACCGGUUGUGACAUCUAGUCGUCAGUAACUGUAGCCCCUUCACCAAAUGCAACGCUGAGUUUAGUGACCAAGCGUUGACGCAGAGGAACCGGGUAGAUGACACCUCUGAGGAAGGGACCAUGUCUGCAUAAAUGAAAUGUACAUGAACAUCGUACAUGGAUAUUCUUCUGUGAGUGGUAUCCUUUGAUCUAUGUGCAUUACCAGAAACUAUAUGCAUGCCUUGUUCUUUUCAUUUGUAAUGACCAUUAUUCCAGAGAGUAAAAGAGGAGGGAAGAUGCCAAAACCUGCGUGAGCCGAUUGUCGUGUUUUUUUUGUUUUGUUUUUUUUACAGAAAUGGAAUUGUGAGUAAUACACACAUUUUCUGUCCCUGCCCCUUUUGUGUCUCUCGUUCCCUCAUGACUACGUUAUGAGCCGUUCCAUCGAGGGUGGGACUUGCUGUUGUUUGCAUCAUACAAAUGUAAUAAAUGUUUGCAUUGAAUAACAGGCUUUAACAAUGA